GAGCGCAGAAAGCCUCCGCCGCGAGAUGCGCCUCAAGUGUCCCGUCCCGUCGUUCCCGGGGCGAAAACUAACGGGGUUUUGGGUCGUCUUUGCACAGCCACUGGGGUGCCCCUCUUGUCCUAGAUCUACAAACUCGGGAGUCAGUCCCUCUGUGAUCCGGGGGACUUACUUCUGAGUAGACAUGCCAGGGAUUACGUCGACGCGGGGAGGCUCGUUUACCCUAACUGGACAGUAGCCAGAAGGGUUAUUUUACACCCAAAGCGUCCCUGGGGGAUGGGUGACACGUCUCGAACUGCCCAUCACGAGAGUGGCGUGGCUUCGUUUUCCUGCGAUCCCAGAGACCCUCUUGAGCUCCUUUCUCGCGGGCAGCUCCUGGGAGGGCUCGUUCCGCGCCAGGAAGCGCCAAGGCAACGCCACGCAGCUCGUUUGCGUCGCCAGGGCGAGGAGAGAACGUCCGGACCCUGGACGCUCGGCAAAAAGCCGCCCGGACUUCUGCCUCUUUCCCUCCUCGUUCCACUUUCCAUUGUCCUACUAGUCCCGUGGGGCUUAGCGGAGGAGCUCUGAGGUUGCCAUAGCACCGCGGCUCCGAAUAAAACAACUUUUUCAGCCUACGCGGCCGAAGCAGCCAGGUCGUGAUUCUCUAAUACAAAAACUAUGGCUUCAGAUGAUUAUGUCCUCCAUUUUAUAGUCAAAGAAGAUAACAAAUGUGCAAAAUGUGCAAAAAAUGAAAGCCCAGUUGAUUCUGUUGGAAGGCUUUCUAAGGAUACCCAAAGCAACAAUAGUAAUAAAGCUAAUAAUUGUAGUAAAUGCUCCAGUCAAUGUGGAAGUUUUCACCUUGACUAUUCCAAUAACUUUCAUGCUGAUGAUGCUUCAAGAAGGGCUAGCAGCAGCAGCAGCAGCUAUUCAGAACAAAACAACUGUGGAAGCUCUCAGAACUACUAUUAUGAUGACUUUCAUACAGACUCUUCUGAAACCUCCAGUAGAAACAGAAGCAGCUGCAGAACUCCUUUAGAGCAGCUAGAAACCAAAAAAGGUGCACCACCAAAAAAGAAAAUGGAAAAUGAUCACCAAGCCAAAGUUGUAUAUCAUCUUUGUUCUGGUCUAAAUGUAGGGGGGAAGACAUUACCUAAAAAGAAACGGCAACAAAAGACUUAUUUGAGUGCAAAUAGUAUUAUAAAUUCCCAGAAGAGUAAUAGCGUGGCUUGCCGCCUAUUGUCAGCCAGACUCCACAAAGUUAAAGAGCUAAAAAAUGAAGUGUCCGUUUUGAAGAGAAAACUGGAGGCGUCAAAUAUGGAAAACCAGAUCUUGAAGCGUCUUCAGUAUCGGCACUUAAAAGCAAUAAGUAAAUAUGAAAACGCAGAGACCAAUCUGCCCGAUCUUUUGGCAAAACAAUGCAAUGAAGUGAAAACUCUAAGGGCACAUCUCAGGAGAUCACGGGAGCAGGAGCGCAAUGCAUCCAGAAAGCUUAGAGAAGUUGAAGCACAACUGUUAAAGACAAAAGAUACCUUGCAAGCACUGCAGAAACUUUCUGAAGACAAGAAUCUUGCAGAAAGAGGGGAACUUAAACACAGAUUAACCACUCUCACACAAAGAAUGGAAGCUAGUGAUAAGAGAAUACAGGGCCUAGAAAAACAGCUGCUGUUGAAUAAUACUUCCUUCAGUCAUCAGUUAGCAGCUGAGAAGAAAAAGACACUUGAAGCUCAGUCAAUUACCACCGGUUUACAAAUGGAAAUCAAGUUGCUUAACCAAAAAAUUAAGGAGAAAGAACGUGAACUUGGCAUAAGGAAUAUUUAUGCAAACCGGAUGCUUAAAGGUCAACAGGAGAAAGCUGAUUCAAAGUCUCCCCUGAAAGAUAUUAAUGUCAGCAAAUUGGUACAAGUAGAUAUAAAUUUAGAAGCAAUGACUCCUCAACAUCAAGAGACAAACAGAAGUGCAGUUGUUAUAACAGAGGAGCUGACAACCCAAGAUAUCAAUGAAAAAAGCAAGCUACAUGAUGGGCAUAAAGAAAUGGGAAUAAAAAGAAAAGUUCAUCAGAGUGAAAAGUUACCCAUACAAGAAAUUUCAGAUAAAACAUGCACAGAGUUAAUAAGAGAAGAGAUAUGUCCAAGCACAGAAAAAUAUUUCAGAUGUGAAAACCUAGAAAGACAGAAGAACAGGAGAGAAAGACAAGGACUAGACUUAUUGAAAGAAGAGUUUGAUAAAUUAAGGGCAGAACAAUCACUACAGACUAUAAAUGAUAUCGAGAAGAAAGAGAAUAAACUGGAAGAAGCUAUAACCAAAACCCAAGAAAACAAAGAAGGCAAAGGAAGUGCAGAGGCAAGGGAAGAGGUCUGUGAUAAACUGCCAAAAGCAAUACAAAGACAUAGAACACCAUCAAAAUUAAAGAAACAGUAUGUGUUUACAGAAGCUAUUGAAAAUUUACACCAGGGUUUCCCUUCCACACGUCGGCUAUCCACCUUAACUACUACAUGUAAAAGCAGAGAGGUGAAUACACAUCAGAGUGGUACAGCUGAAUUUAAGGCAGGAGAUUCAGACAGUGCCUAUGAGCCUUCAUUUUGUAAGAUUACCAAAGCAAGACACAAAGACACCACUUCAACAUGUGAUGAAAACUGUAUUCCUACGGUAUCAGUGGAGAAGAAAAACACUCUUAUGGAAGAACUCUUUGGACCAAAUUGUCUCUUAAAAGACAAUAAUCCAAACCUUAAUUUAAAGGAGGUGGGUAAAGAAAAAGACAUAUUACAGAAUGAAAAAACAUAUGAUGAGAUUUCAUUCAUGAAUGAUAGUUUGCAAUGUGGUGAUUCCAAACAAGUCCACAUGAAGGCUUUUCAUGCUGUUGCCUUCUUGGAGAAUCUCAAAUAAUGAAUCUAUGAGUUCAAAAUGAUUUCAGUUUGGAAUACAUAAUUUUUGAAAAGCAGUAUAAUCCCUGCUUUCUCCCUUGAAUGUAAUGAUUCUAGACUAAUCUGAAUGACUUUCACACUAUCCUCUGCACCUAUAACAGAAGUAGAAUUUUUUUUAUAUUGCCUUACAAAUGAAAAGGCAUGAAAGGUAUAAUUGGUAGCAGUUUAUAUUUGAUAAUGAAAUAUACAGUGUAAUAUUGCAGUGCAUCUUAAAGGAGUCUAAGAACAGUGAGAAUUGUACUACUAGAGAAUCUAUAAAAUUGAUAAAACUCAAAAAUACAUUGGGAAAAAAGUAUUGCAUUGGCAUUGGUGGUAAAGUUUAAUGGGAAAAAGUAGCAAACUCCUACUUGCAAUUGUUAAGGUGAAGGUUUCACCUAGUUUAUCUUAUCAGUUUCCUUCUACAAUUUAAAAUAUCUACCUGGCUGAAGUUAGAGCAUCAUUCACAAAAGUUGGACAAAGUGGAUUCCUGCUUAAAAAAACUACCAAAAGACUCAAAACCAUAUUCUUCUAACAGCCACAGCUUAUAACUGAGGACUGCUUCAGAUAAAGUACUUCUGCCCCAUAGCACUACUCCUUCAAUCCUCCAAUUUUAUUAAUCCUCAGACUUAGCAUUUUUUAGAAACUUUAUCUCACCUAUACUGCAUUAGUAUGACCAUGGUUAUAAUAAUGUCUCUGGUUGUAAUCAACUUAUGUAUGUCAAAUUUAAUGGUUUUCUAAUGUUGUACUUGCACCCAGACUGUGGCCUGAAUGUUUAUGGGUUAUUUACACCAGCAUACAUUCAAUAUUAUAAACUGGAACAGUGAACUGGCCACUGAUUAAUGAGUUGCUGCUUGUAUUCCUUAUGCAAAAGUCAUGUGACUUGGCAUGCAAUGAAAAUUUCAAGUGGUGACUCAUCAAUUAGCUGCAAUUCACCACAGUGAAUUACAUUUAUGCUGCUGUAAACAGCCAAGAGUCUGGUUGUUUACAGGAUUCUGGCCUGUGGGCAAUAAUAACACUCAACAAUAUAUAAAAAAUCUCUUCUAAUUAAACACCCUUGGUAAUUCAAACAUUAAAUGUUAUGCUACCCACAAGACUGUUCUCUUUGUUUUCCAUCAUAGAACAAUGCAAAGUACUGCAAGUUAGUACAAACAGAUGUGAAGAUAUGUAACAAGACUCAGCAAGAUUAAAUAUUUGACUGCAUCAUGUUAUCAUCCCCUGUUGUUCUAAAAAGGGAUUAUUUUGUCAUACUUUUAUCUAGAACUAGACAUGCUAUGUUACAGAAGAGUUGGGGUAGACUCGAUAUUAGUGGACAAUGAGCAUCUGCUCCAUCAGACAGAGAGACAGCCAACAGAACUGAUGAGAUCAUUUGGAAGACAUCUUGGGGGUUGGUGAAGACUAAGUUGAUAACACCUCUAUCUUAUGUACAGGAAAAGCGUUUGAAGCAGGAAUCAGCAUUAGAGAUGGGCAUGAACUGCCAGUUUGGUGGUUCAUGCUGAUUCAUUUAUGGGCCAAACAGGUUUUCGACACUUCAAAGUCUACCUCCUCUGGCGGACACCCACUCAAAGGCAGCAGCCUGGCUUCCCUGCCCUACAUCCUCCAGGAGCCCCACAGAGGAGAUGGGGCUUUGAAGCGCCAAUCACCUGUUUGGCCAAAAUGAAAAAGCAUGAACCACCAAACUGGCAGUUCAUGCCCCUCUCUCAUCAGCACAAACGUUUACAGACUACUGCAGCACUUGGGUCAGUUUGCUUGAUAAUACUGUAUUAUUAAAUAUAGAUAUGCUCUAGUCCCCAUACUGUCAAACGGAGACACCAAAAUUAGGCAGUGCAAUAUACAAUGUCCCCCUGGAAGCUUGUGUUUUCAUAGCUUUUUUUUCCCCCUGAAUAGAAAGUUUUAAGACAUAAGUGGAUGAUGUCAUAUCCCUCGGUCAGCUUUCUGCCCUUUGGACUCAAGAAGGGUUGCAUCCCAAUUUGUUACAAAAACACUGCUCCUGGAAGUCACACUUUGCCUACUCCUGACUUAAGACAAUAUUUGAAAUUGAAGCCUUUGAGAAUACAACACACAGAAAAGUCCCAUUAAACCACAAAAGAUGGAAAUCCCUUUCCUAUAGAUUUUUUAAAAAAUACUUAUUUUUUUCCAAAACACAGCUGCAACAUGCAGUUAUUGUUUUCAUGUAAGUUAAAAACAUAUAAACCUAGUAUGAGGAGCAAUUAAUUUAUUGAUUAGGAAUUAAACUGCUGAAAAAGAAAGGAGAGGUGCAGAUUACCACACAAUUGGGAUAGUCAAGCAGGCCACUUGGAAACUGAUCCUGCUCUUUCACCUCCUCUGCAGAGCUUUGUGUUCCAGUGGAAAUGUACCACUGCAUUAUUCUGGUUCUCUGCCUGAGAACUUUAAAGCAGGGCCAGCCUUCAUUCUUGACCUUCCUAGAUGGUGCAAGGAAGGGAAGACCAGGUGCAAUAUGGUACUGUGCUGCUUAGCAACUAGUAAUUUGAAGAACAUGAAAAACUACAAUGCUGCAUGCACUGCCUUUCCUUUCCUUUUAAAACCAGGGAAAUGGAAAAUAUCAGCCCUCAGCUGCUUGCAGGUUGCCUGCCCUGUCUAGAUUUAAAAGCGGGUGAACA